GUGACAUACCCUCUCAAGAACCAAACAAAAUUACUUUUGAUUUAGUUGACCAUGACCUCGAUGACUGAAAAUGUGAGGAAUUUUUUUUUGUAAGGAGUCUAUGACAACGAUAUGUUUUCAUAAAUGUGUCAAAGUUAAAAAUGACUUAAGAAAUUAUGUUAUUAGGCUAACGAUAUAGAAAUUAAGUAGGAAUGGGAAAAUAUGUAUGAUGAGUUUCGUUGUACCUGUAAUAAGAUGCAUAUGUACUUCAGGUGCCCGUUGAAUGUUGAAUGAGUCACAUGGUUGAAGUGAUCGAUUUAUGAAUAAUACACAGCUGAAAUCCCGAGUGGACUGUGCAUCAAGUGAACUGAGUAUGCGUGUGCACGAGCGCCUGCCUUGCUUCCAUCGAAAACCCACGAGGUAGGCGCGUGUGCGUGGCAACCCACGCAUGCGCCCUGAAGCCAAUCACGGGCGUCACACAACCGCAGCGAUUGCGGAUCUGACGCGUCGAAUCACAACCGAGAAGUAGUAGCAGAGGACCCGAGGCAGAGGUGAUUGAGAUGGAGACCCGCAACCGAGAGAGAGCCCGAGUCUAGCUACGCCUCAGCCGCCAGCAUGUCUGCCACCUGCCAGUCUCCUUCCCCCGCUAAUCCGAUAUGACUGCAGUCGUCCUCCUCCGCGGGGACUACAAUGACACCCUGGUGAGGGAGAGAGUGAGCGCACACUAGCAGCCGCGGUACAGCGCAGGAUGCUCAUCUCGAACCAGACCAAGAAGACGCUCCGCAACUGUUGUUCCCGUCCCGAGGUGCCGAGGAUCGAGCGUUUCCUCCACCACCCUCCUCCUCGUCCUUUUCCUUCUCCUGUUGGUGUAUGAUGGAGACCUCCAAUGGCUCUGCAGGCAGCGACACCAGACCGAGCCAGCCGGAGAAGAAGAGACCGAACCGAGUGCCCUCCCCGGCCAGACCUUUCCUGAAGGACGUGCAUGCCCGCGCCGCGAAGCCGCCGGCCAUCGGACCCAAAUCGCCCAAACUCGGCAAGCAGCAGGCUCCGAACCGCGGCUCCAGGCGCAACAUCACCGCGGCGAAAGAGAAGCCCGCCGCAGCCGCCAGGAGCAGCGCUAAGGCCGGACUGGCCAAAAAGCCCAGCAGGCUCCCCGGAGCCGAAUUUAAAGCGACCAGCAGUCCGAUCCUCGCCAAAGCCAAGAAAGGGAACCUCGUCCCAGCGUGCCCCGGCCAUGGCUCCCCAGUCCGGGUACCGACCGGUCUGGUUGGCCAGACCGACAGCAGUUCGGACCUGUCGGACUGCCCGUCCGAGCUGGCGCCGGUGGCCAGCAGCGACGCCGAGUCCGGUACAGGCUCCAGCGAUAAGGAUCACCCGGGGGCAGAGCGUCCGUUACGGACCGAACCACCUGCGACGGCGGCUACUCUGGUGCUUAAUCCCGCCGCUAAGGCAACGAUGUGUGUGGUCCGGACCGGUCCGGAGAAGAAACCCAAAGGACCCGAAGAAGAACUGCUAAGGGAAAUCGAGGAUUUGAGAUCUGAAAAUGAUUAUUUAAAGGACGAGGCGGAGGAGCUGCGGGCGGAAAUGGAGGAGCUGCGCGACACCUACAUGGACGAGGAGGUCUACCAGCUGCAGGAGCCCGAGGACGAGAACGAGCAGCUGCGGCAGAGGAUCAUCGAGGUGGAGAUCUCCAAGCAGGCGCUGCACAACGAGCUGGAGCGGGCCAAAGAGACUGCAUUGAGGCGACGAGGGAGCUCAUUUAAGGACAAGAAAUCCACCAGCCAGGAUGACAGCGCUGACCUCAGGUGCCAGCUCCAAUUCGCCAAGGAGGAGUCCGGCCUGAUGCGUAAAAAAAUGGCUAAGCUGGGCCGUGAGAAAGAUGAACUGGAACAGGAACUACAGAAGUACAAGUCGGUCUACGGAGACGUGGACAGUCCCCUUCCCCUGGCUGAGUGCUCCGGCGGUGGCCCUCAUUCCACCCGCGAGGCGGAGCUGCGACUGCGCCUCAAACUGGUGGAGGAGGAGGCUAACAUUCUGGGAAGGAAGAUCGUGGAGUUGGAGGUUGAAAACCGCAGCCUGCGGGCCGAAAACGAUGACAUCCGUUGCCAGUACGAACGAGACUGCUUCGGUAGGGAGCCUUUCUCGAGCAUGCCCUCAUCACCCUAUGGCGGUGAUGUGCUCGAGUCAGCCGGGGAGCUCCGCCGACACCUCCAGUUCGUAGAGGAGGAAGCGGAACUGUUGCGUCGCUCCAUCUCAGAGAUUGAGGACCACAACAGGCAGCUUACUUCAGAGCUCAACCGCUUCAAGUUCAGUUCCGGGCUGGUAGGCGAGGACGGAGGGGAAGGAGGACUAUUUAAACCCGCUAAUGGCUCCAGUGGAGGGAUGAUGAUGGAGGAGCUGAAAUCAGCCAGGAUGCAGAUUAACGACCUGAGCGGAAAAGUGAUGAAGCUUCAAUACGAGAACCGAGUUCUCCUGUCCAACGUCCAGCGUUGCGACCUGGCAGCGCACCUGGGCCUGAGAACUGGUAGUCCACGAGACAGCGAUGCAGACAGUGACGCCGGCCGCCGGGAAGUAGCCGAAGACGUGGAAGCAGGGCGACUCCUUCUACUCCAACCCAAGAGGGAGGGCCCCAUCGGCGGGGAGAGCGACUCUGAAGACCUCUUUGAGAAAACCACCACCACCUCGGGGUUUGGAAGUAUCCGACCGUCGGAUGGCAUCGACCUUAGCGCCGGAGAACUUGCCAACCGCCGCCGGGAGGAACGAGAAUCCUUUGCCAAUGUGAAAAGAGAGGCAGAUCGACUCGGCAAAUCUGUGGACCGUCUGAUCACUGACACGGACAGUCUGAUCCUGGAAGGGAGGCUUCUGGUGACGAUAGCGGAGGGUUCUCAGGGAGGAGGUGACUCCCAAGUCCUGGACACCAUCAAUACCCGCAUGAAGGCUUUCCGCACCGAGCUGCACAUCUUCGUGGAGAAGCUGGAUGGAUUGAGGGAGAGAACAGAUGACCUGUCCCCGAUGCCAAACCUCACAGAGUCCAGCAGCUUCCUAUCCACCGUCACUUCCAUGUCCCGGGAUUCUCCCAUCGGCAAUUUUGGGAGAGACCUGAUGACGGACAUCCAGUCACAGUCCGGUCAGAGGGAUGAGCUGGAGUGGCGCGUAGGACAGGAGCGAGGCGUGGAGCCCUACAACCAGAGCAGGGGAGGUGCUGCGGGACUCGCUAGGUACCACAGACCACUGGUUUUAAGAACAGAGCUGCGGGAGGCGCCUGCUCUUGACGUCCAGCUUCGUCUCGAUCAUGACCGACGGAUGAGAGUCGCGACGGAUGAACGGGACAUUCCGGUUGUCUCGCUGCCACAGGAGGACGAGGGCUUGCAUCCGGAGCCCCAGCGCCCGCGUCUGGAGCUGCCAGGCCUCCUGCAGGCUCCGGAGGUUUGCUGGGCUCAGGAGCGAUCUGCACUACAGCAAGAAGUUCGCCUCUUCCAACGCAAUACGGCCAUCUUCUACAUGAAGCUCAAGUCCAUCCUGGCACGUUGGAGGCUUGGAAGCAGGGACGGCGCGAUGCCCGACGACGGCGCGCAGCCGGAGGUAGAGAAGUCAGAGGGUGUCUCUGAGCUGGGUGGGAUGAUGCAGCAAGUGGAAGCCGAAGGGGGGUCUGCUCUCCCGUCAGUGUCACCCAGUGGACAUCUGCAGUACCAGCAUCAGUUUGGGGAGAACCGGCGAAUGCUGCAGGCGCUGCGUACCCUGCUGGAGCAGUUUCGGGAGGAACUUCGCGAGGAAGAGGCGCGGCGCUGCCAACUGCAACAGGCCUACGCGAACGACAAAGCCACCUGGGAGGUGAAAUGGGCCGAAAUGAAGUGCCAGCUCGCUCAGGUGGAGGAGGAAGCACGAGGAAGAACGCGAGGCCAGGCUCAGGGGCUCGAAAGUGUAACGUCAUCCCGAGACCCCGAGUGGGCCCUGAAGCAGGAGCGCGAGGAGCACCGCCGCCUGUUGGCCGAAAGCCACAACACCUCGCUGGACCUCCGCUGGAGGCUGCAGCACGGCGAGAAGCGAUGGAGUCGCGAGAGGGCCGAGCUGCUGGAACAUUUUGAGCGGCAGAGGCUGGAGUGGGAUGGCGGUACCCGCGAGCUCCAUCACAAGAUGGAGAGGCUGCAGAGGGAGCUGAACUGCCGGCGAGGCGAAGGCACAGAGGACAGCGGGUCAUGCAACGGUGCUCGCUCCCCGCGUUGCCCACGUUCUCCGCAGUCCCCGCGGUCUUCUGCACCCAGCACGGUCCUGCCUGCCCGCUCCCUCUCCGACUCGGACACCUUGCUGGCGGAGCAAGGCGGGGCUGCCGCCGUGAGGCUGAGAAGCCCGACGGAGAGCCCCUUUCUGGAUGCUCUUUCUCUGGAUCCCCUCGCCAGCUUGGAGGUCCCCCCGCCCUGCAGGCUGGAGAGUGAGAAGCGAUUCCCCUGCAUGAAGGAGGCCCUCGAUGUGAUUUCCGAGAGAGAAGGAGCACCGGAUAUGUACCCUGAUGAAGAGAUGAGCGGCGGAAGUUUACUCAGAGCCAAGUCGGUAUGCUCCAUGAGCGACUUCCAGCGUCUGAUGGACAGCUCACCGUUUCUCCCCGACAAGAUGCGCCAUGGCGAGCGAGGCCAAGACGACGUCACUCCUCCUCUUUCACCAGAUGACCUCAAGUACAUUGAGGAGUUCAACAAUAAGGGCUGGGACUUAGCAUCAUCCACCGCCGCCACCUUUGCUUAUGAUGCAUGGACCAACAAAACCUCAGACACGCAGGGAGUCGAACCGGUCAUGGAGUCCUUCCAACCACCCUCCUGGUUCCUCACGACCAGCGCCAGCCUGACCACCACCAGCACACUUAACAGUCGGGCAGGUGCGGGAGAAGACGCGUAUGGGGUCCACAUCCUCCACAGCCCCACUAGACCUGGUCCAGAGCCAGACUCUGACCUCCUUUACGCAAAGGGGAUCAAGGCGAGAGGCGACGGAGAGGCGGCCGGCGGGUCAGAUGAGGUAUUCACUGGUGGAAGGUGGCCAUGUGGUCUUCUGGAAGCGGGGGGAUUAAGGACUUCUCCCAACCAGUCCCCCAUUUGCCCCACGGUGGGCUACGCCUCCUCGCUGGAGCUUCAACUCUCUCGGAACAUGAGCGAUGAUAUGAAGGAGGUGGCCAUUUCGGUGAGGAACGCCAUCCGCUCCCCACCGGGGCCCGUGGUCCAUGACAUAGCCUGCCAAACCAACGGGUUCACCACGCGAGGCACUCAGACCAUGCAGACCAUCAACGUUGGUCUGCAGACAGACCUGCUGAGGAACCUGACCAACAGCCCCCACCGCUGCCUCACCCCAAAAGGAGGCGGCACCCCCAUUUCGUCCCCAUCGCGGAAUACCAGGAAGGUCCAGUACUCGCCAGUCAUCCAGAGUAAGUUUGAGCGGCCCUGCUGCUCGCCAAAGUACGGCUCGCCCAAACUUCAGCGCAAGAUGUCCUCAUCCAACAAGGCGGAGAUGCCCAACACCAGCCGCGCCGCCACCCCUACCACCCCCCAGAAGGGCAACAGCGAGUCGGCGUGGGCGCGCUCCACCACCACCCGGGAUAGCCCGGUCCACACCACCAUCAACGACGGUCUCUCCAGCCUCUUCAACAUCAUCGACCACACGCCGGUCGUCUACGACGCCAUGCAGAAGUUCAACAAGUCCCCCAGCCGCUCCCGCCCUACAACUCCGCCGAGCCCAGCGCCGAUCCCAGGAGCGCCAGGGGCCGCUCCCCCAGCCCCCACCACCAUCAACGACGGUCUCUCCAGCCUCUUCAACAUCAUCGACCACACGCCGGUCGUCUACGACGCCAUGCAGAAGUUCAACAAGUCCCCCAGCCGCUCCCGCCCUACAACUGCCGCCGAGCCCAGCGCCGAUCCCAGGAGCGCCAGGGGCCGCUCCCCCAGCCCCGUGCAGCUGAUAGUGGAGACACAGGGGGACCGCAACGCCGAAGUAGUGAGCAUUCGGCAGGACCUGUCGGCGCCCCCGGGUUACACGCUGGCCGAAAACGCCGCCCGCCUCCUCAAUAAAAAGCUGCAGGACGAGAGAAGGAUGCAGGCAGGAGGAAUAGGAAGCAAGAUGGCCGACCCAGAGAGAGCACAGCCUGGAUGCAUGGAGGACCUCCCUCGCUCUCCUGUGGCUCCGCCCUUGGAGUCCCAAUUCCUGCGCCCAGCUCGCCCGGCCAACCGCCGCCCCCCCUCGCGCUGGGCCAACCUCUCGCCGCCCCCAUCUUCGGCAUCCGGGAGGAGGUUCACCUUCCCGCCACCGGGACGGCGCGUGAGCGACCCGGAAGGCGACGCGUCAACGUGACGCACGUCUUCUACCUCUGACAUCCACCCCCCCCCCCCUCCUCAUUCAUUCACUCUCCAAAGUAAGACUGAGAAGCUCAUUGGUCACCUGAGAAACACCAGCUGACCCCUCAGGGGGGAGAAAAAAAAUAAGACAAUUUGUUGAAAUGUACUGUAAUCAUCUCCAACAAAGUAGUACAAAUCAUCACAACUGCAUUUUCAUGUAAGGUGCCUCUUCAGACUAGAGUUCAUCUUUCGUCCAUACUAAAUGUCCAUCCGAGGUGCCUGUUCCCACUUUUCAGUUCCUCAUUGGUCAAUGUGUUGGCGUGCAUAGUUCCUAUUUCUCACUCGAAUGUCAGACUGCGUUAUAUCAAAAUUUCCAUUUCUGUGGUGCGACGCUGCAUAUGAUGUCAUUUAACCGCCGCCCGUAAAGGUUGUCCGUCUUCUGUAUUUCCCUUUUCAAAAACACGGGUGAAGAGAAUGACGAAUUAUGCAUCUGCGAAAGGCAGUUAUCCGUCCAAUAUUUGCAUGACACUAGCACUUUAGUGCACGUACAAGAUGAGCACUAGUCGCGUUAUAUUGAAAAGUUUGUGUGGUUUUAUAUUU